AUGUAUUUUAAUAAAGAUAGGAAGGAUAAAGAUGAGAAGGUACCAAAAAAGAGUAGCGUAAUAAACAAUAAUAUGAUGGUCCAGAGAAAUAAGAAGUACAUGAAGAAUAUGAAACAAUCAUCUUAUAAUAUGAAAUAUGUAAAUAAAUUUUAUAAACGUAAUAGUAAUAUAUCAACAUUUAAUAAUAAUAAUAAUUUUACGUUUAUGAAUUUUAAUAAUUUAAAAGUUGAAAAUAAAAAUAACCAACAUGGCUAUUUCAAUAGAAAUAUUAAUUUUAAUAAUAACAAUAAAGAUAAUAUACGUUCAAGUAUUUAUAACAAUAAACAAAGUUAUUUUGAUCAGGAUAAUAUAAAUUAUAAUACAUUAAUAAAUUCACAGACAUGUGUAUGUUCUAUACAUAUAGACAAAACAGAUGAUGAUAUUAAUAAACAACAAAAUAUAAUUAAUGAUUUAGUUUUAUAUAAUAAUUUAAAUCAUGAUUCACAACUUAAUUAUCCUACAUUUAUUGAAGAAAUUAAUUUUACAGAUAAUAUUGUUUUAUUGACAGGUAUAUUAAUUCUACCACAUAAUGAUAAAAUAUUUAAUAAUCUUGAGUUUGAAGGAAAAACAAAUCCUCUACCUUCAGAAUGUAAUUUGAGUAUAUAUGUUAAUGUAGUCAAUCAGUAUGAUUAUCAUUAUUUUAAACAGUUAUAUCAAUUAUCUUAUAAUUUUAAAAACAGACUUUUUUUUGCUUCCACAAAUAAUGAUACAAUAGAUUCUUCUCUAUUAAUUGAUAAAAUUAUAAUUAAAGGAAAUUUUAAAAACUUAUCGGUUAUAGUACUGGGGCAAAUUGAAAAUGUUGCUGAAGCGCUUAGAUAUUUCAAAGAAAAUCUUUACGACAACAACAUGAAAAGUAGUACUAAUGAAGAAACAUUGGAUGUAGAAAAUGUUGAUUUUGAAAAGGACGAAAUUUAUGCCCCACAUAAAAAUGUGGACAUCAAAACUUAUAAUUUGAACAGUUUAAUAAAAGAAAAUUUUAAUUUCAAUAUUCUUACAUAUGAAAGUAAUAUAGAACACAAUUUUAUACAAACGAGUUAUAACAAUACGCAAUUGUACAAAUUAUCAAAUAUGUUAGAAGAACAAUUUAUAUCAAAUAAUGUUCAACAUAUUAGUGAUCUUAAGGGGGAAAAAAAUGGUGAGUUGCACAAAAAUGGUGAGUUGGAAAAAAAUGGUGAGUUGCACAAAAAUGAUGAGUUGGAAAAAAAUGGUGAGUUGGAAAAAAAUGGUGAGUUGGAAAAAAAUGGUGAGUUGGAAAAAAAUGGUGAGUUGGAAAAAAAUGGUGAGUUGGAAAAAAAUGGCGAGUUGGAAAAAAAUGUUUCUGAAAAUAUAAAAGAAGAAUCCACAAUAAAUGAACAUAUAUCUAGUGAUAAAGAAAACCCACCAAAGGACCAUAAUAAGAACGAUUUAAAAAAAAAAAAAAAAAAAGACAGUGUCCUUACCAAUACAAGUAUAGAUAACAAUGUCAUUAAUAUUGAUAAUAAUGAGAAGGAGUAUGUAAGUCGUAAUGAAAAUAUUGAUAUAGAAAAAAAACAUACAAUGAAAGAACCAUUUAUACCACCAAGUAACAAAUUAAUCAUACAAUUAUUAAACGAAUUAACUACUAUGUAUAAAAAUGAAAAAGAAAUAUAUAAAAAUAAUAUUCCUAUAUUUAAAAAAAUUAUAAAAUUUGGUGCUAUGUGGAUAUUCUAUAUAUAUAAAAGUAUCCAAAAUGAAAAGGAUGGAUUCUUUUUAAACUAUUAUAAGUAUAUGCAAAUUAAAUUACAUGAUAUAUUAGGUGCAUUAUUCAUUUUAAGAAGAUGUGCUUUAUAUCCAGAAUUAUUAAACUAUAUAAUACAUCUUAACUUUAAUGAUAAUAUUCUAUAUUAUGAUCCUACAUGUCCACAUGUCUUAAUAAAUUUAAUAAAUAUGCUGAAUAUUUAUGAUAUUUACUUUUUAUCAUCAUGGAAAAUUAAAACAGCUAUAUUAAAGACGAUCAUUGCAUUUGUCUCGAAUUCAUAUGUUAUGAACCUUUUUUGUAAUUACGUGGAUGAAAAUAAUGACACGCUAUAUAAAAGGUUAUUAGAGUUGUCAUCACAUAGGAAACUGAAAAGAUAUAAUAUUAAAAGGUUGCUGGGUAUAAUUUUAAGCAAGGUUAAACUCUUUGAAGAAAUUAGUAAAUGGGAAGACAGCAUCAUGAAUAUUAUUACGAAUAGAAAAAUGUAUGAACCUAAUUUGUUUAAUAAGGAAUUAUGUUGUAAACUUAUAUAUGAAUUAAAAAAUGUCCAGAAAGAAUUAUUUCAACAUACAUGUUAUUAUAAAAGUAAAAAUAGCUGUUAUGAUGCUCUUUAUGAAAAUGAAAUUUUUGUGUUUGAUGAAAAAAAUAAUAAGAAAAAUUUCUACAUACAUAAAAUACAUAAUUAUAUUAUUUCAUAUCUAGAAUAUAAACAAUUUUUUAAUCUUUUUUUUUAUAUUUUAAAAGAAUAUGAAAUACAUAUUAAAAAUUCCCUUUUCUUAAGUUCAUAUGAUAUUUGUUUUAUUACAGCUAUGAAUGAUUUUGUGUUUUAUUUCCUGAACUGUUCAGGUGGAAUUAAUAUGUUAAUGAAAUAUAACAUAUCAUUAUAUGAAGUAUUAUAUAAGAACAUAUGUUUAAUAAUAAAUAAAAAAAUGAAAGAAAUAAAUAUGAGUAUAAAUGAGAAAAAAGAAAAUGAAAUGGAUGAAGCAAACAAUAAUGACGAAAAUUAUUCUGACCAAAAUAAUAUGCCAAAUGAAAAUAUGAAUAUAAUAAAAGAAAACCAUAAUGAUGAUGAUGAUAUGAAUGAUCAGAUUGAUAAUAAUCUUAAUAAUAAUAUGUAUUUCCAAAGUACUAAUAAUAUAAAUAAUCCAAUGGAUAAUAAUAUUGAUGAUAUUAUAUAUGACAAUAAUUAUAAUACAAGGAAUGAAGACAAUGAAUUGACAUGUGUAUAUGACGACCCUUAUAGCGAAAAUUAUAUCAACAAUAAUGAAAAUAAAAAUGAUAUUAAUAUUAAUAAUAAUAAUAAUAAUAAUAAUGAUGGUGGUGGUGUUAAUAAUAAUAAUAACUGUUAUUUUUAUAGUGGAAAUGAACCAAAAGAAAGUAAUUAUGUAUCAAACAAUGAAGAAAAUAAAAUUAAAGAAAAUAAUUCAUAUUUUUUAAAUUCCAAUGAUACUAGAGGUGAUAAUAAUAUGAAAGAAGAAAAAGAUGCAGUUUAUAAUGUAGAUGAUAUAAACAUGGAAUUCAUAUAUAAUGAGAAGAAUUUUUUUUAUGAUAAUAUAAAAAGUGUAUAUACAUAUAAUGAUAUAUUAAGAAAUAAAGAUAUAUCUGAUGAAUUAUAUUUAAAUGGAUAUAAUUAUAAAGAUAUGAAGAAUAUACGUAAUUAUUGUUCUUAUAUUCUUUGUUCAUUAAAAAUAUUUUGUAAAACAAAUAUUUUAAUAUAUAACUUUUUUAAUAGUGGGAAUGAAAUAUCUUUAACAUAUAUUAAAUUUUUUAAUGUUUUAUGUAAUUAUCCUUUGUCCAAAUUAGCUAUAUUUAAUAAUAACAACUUUUAUAAUUUCUUUCAUCAUAUUAUAUAUUUAUUUUAUUACUUUAUAUAUUUAGAAAAAAUAUAUGAACAUAACUGGAAAAAAAGAAAUAAGAACAAGAAAAAAAAUAAUGAAACGAAAGAAAAUGAAAGAGAAGAAACACCACAAGAAUUAGAUUCUAAUGAUGAUGAUAAUAAUAUAAAUCUUUGUGCUAAUAAUAUUAAUAUACUUAACACUUCAAAUAAUUCUGAACAAAAUAAUAUACAAAAUAAUAAUAACAGCAAUGAAUUUAUUUUGGUAUCUAUUAGAUAUUUAUUAAAUAUUAUUUAUAAUUUAAUAUUUUAUGAUGACAGUGGUUAUUUUAUAUUUCAUUUUGGUUAUUCUAUAUUUGUGUGUCUAGAAGAAAUUCAACAUAUUACGGGAGAAAUAAAAAAAGAAAAAGAUUAUUCUUAUGGUACCUUAAAUAAUAAAGAACCUAAGAAAAUAUUUUUAAAACAUUACAUAAGUCAUGAUAAAAUAUUUUAUAAAACAUAUUUUGAUUUGUAUUACAAUUUAAGAGGUUUGUAUCUUGAUUUAUAUAAAUAUGAAAAGAAGAAAUUUAAUGAAAUGGAUAAAAAUAAAAAGAAAGAAGCUUACAAGCAUAGUAUAUUUAAUAUAUUAAAUAAAUAUAAUAAAAAUAUUAAUAAAAGAAAUAAUAAUUCUACAAAUGAAAAUAAUAUAAACCAUGUUGGAGAUAAAAAUAAUAAUUUUGUUGAAAAAAUAAAACAAGACUUAUUUGAUAAUGAAGAUAUGAUUCUGAAUUUAUUUCCUUUAAAAUCAAAAUAUAAUCCAAAUAUUAAAAAAAUAAUUGAAUGUUGUAAAAUAGAUAAAGAUAAAUAUUCUUUAAGAAAAUCUAAAGAAUUAAAUAACUCUAUUAAUAAAUUAAACAAUGAUAUAUAUAUAAACAACUCAACAAGAAAUUGUAUAAUCUUAGGAAAUACCAAUUAUGAAUUUGUAGAAUUAUUAGAAGAAUUGGAUGAUACAUCAACAGAUAAUAAUAUAAAUAAAAAAUUGGACACAUAUCCUUUUUUAUCUUUACACUUAUUAUAUUAUUAUAUGAAUUUAUGUUCUAAUGUAAAUUAUUUUGAUAACUUAUAUGACCCUUACAAUGAAUCACAAACAUAUGAAGUUGGUAUGUCAAAUGAAUCAAAUAUGGAAUAUGACGAUGAUAAGAGUAAUGAGGAUGAUACGUAUGAUGAUAAUAAUAAUAAUAUGUAUCAGGAUCAAAACAAAUAUAACAACCAAAAUUAUGAGAAUUAUGAUGAGGAUGAUCAAAAUCAAAACAUCCAUCAGAAUAAUGAAGAAAAUAGUCAUAAUAAAAAUGUUUCAAAAAAAAGGAAAUUAUAUGAUUAUCAAAACAAAGAACCUUUUAUUAUUAACAAUGAUGGAUUUUUCUAUAAAGGUUGUGAAUAUCAUAAUUAUAUUUGUAUAAAAAAUAAUAAAUUAGAUGAAGUGAACAAGCCAAUUAAAGAAUAUUCAAAUUUAUACAUAUUUUUAGAAAAAGAAAAAAAAAAAAAAAAAAAAAAUUUAUUAACAAGUCAGGUAAAUUAUAAUAAUAUAUAUUAUACAAAUAUAGAUCCAAAUGAAAGAUAUACAGAUAAUAUGUUUGUAAAUUCAAAUUAUAUAAAUAAGUAUGAUAUAGAGAAUGGUGUAAAAAAUAUAGGAUCAGCAUUAUAUAAUGAAAACAAUUUAGAUUUUUUAAUUAAGUUGAUAUCAAAAAGUAUAAUAUUUUUAAAUAUGAAUAUAUUUAGAUUAGCAACAAUGAAUUUUAAUAAAUUCAGUGGAAGGAAUUUAUACAAAAUAUUAAAGUGUCGAUUAAAAACUUUGUUUUUUGUUAAGAGUAUAUUAAAUGUACUCUUUAAUUUUUUUUAUAAUUUAACACAUGAUAAUAAUGAAUUCAUAACAUUAAAAACUUAUAGAAACAAUGAAUUAUUUUAUUCAUUAUUAUAUUUAUUAAAUAAAUUAUUAAGUUUUAGUGAUUGGUUAGGUUCAAAUAAUAUAACUGAAUAUAAUCAUCAUUCAUCUAUAUAUAUAUUAAGAUAUAAUAUAAUAUAUAUAUUAAGAAUAUUUUAUAUAUGGUUUAAUAAAACAUCUGAUAAUCAAUCCUUUUUAUUCCGUUCUGUUUUAAAAUAUACUAGACUAAUUCCUUCUUAUAGUAUAUCAGGAAUGUUACUACUACUAACUUUUUUGGAUUUUAAAUAUAUAUUUCCUUCAUAUGUAUAUUCUUUUUAUAUUUCUAAGGAUUUAAAAAAUAUUUGUUUUGAAGGAACCAAAAGUUCAAUCAAUGUAAAAGACGAACAAGACGAAGAGGAGGAAGAAAAUGAAGGAGAAAAAAAUAGAGAGGAUGAAUUUAUUUUAGAAGAUUCAGAAUUGGAUGAUCUGAAUUAUAUUGAUGAGGAGGAAGAUGAAGAUGAAGAUGAAGAUGAUAAUAAUGAAGACAAUGAUGAAGACAAUCAAGCUGAUCAUAAUGACAAUGAUUUUGAUGAGGAGGAUAUCAAACAUCCAAAGGGUAAAAGAAAAGGCACAAAGAAAAAAGAAUCUAUCAAAAAAACAACAAUUAAUAAAAGAGCUGGAAGGAAAGCAAAAAAUAAAGUUGAAGAUGUUAAAAAGGAAAAUAACGAAAAAAUGAGUGAUUGUGAUGAACAGGUUGAAGAAGAAAUAAUCAAAGAAGAAGUAACAAAUGAGUGUGAUAAUAAGAAAGGCAAAAGAGGAAGACGAGCUAGUAUCAAGGGUAAAAAAAGUGAAGAUAUUCAAAAUUUAAAAGAAGAGACAAUACAUAAUAAUAAUAAUAAGGAAGAUAUACAUUUAGAUAAUAAUCUUAUAGAUGAAGAAAAAAAUAUGGAUUCAAAAAUAAAUGAUAAUAAUAUGUGUAAUACUAUGAAUGAAGAAUCCACUAUUAUAGGCAUACCUAAUUAUAACAAAUUAGAUAUAUUCCAAAAUAAUUAUGAAACCUUUAUUUUGUAUUCAAAUAUGUUAAAUAAUAAUAACAGAACUGCAUAUUUUAGUGAUGAAGAAGAAGAUAUAGAACUAAAAGAAGAUAAAAAAAAAGAAGCAAAGAAGGAAGAAAUAAACGAAGAAGAUGAUGACCAAAAUGAAUAUAUUAAACAAGAGAAAGAAGAAUAUGAUGGAGAAGAAAAACAAGAUAAUAAAGAUGAUGAAGAAAAACGAAAUCAUAUAGAUCACUCGUUAGAAACACAAUCAGAAUCACACCCAUUACAAUCACAAGAAGAAAAUGAUGAUUUGUAUUCUCAAAGGGGUAGUGCUUUAAAUAUAUAUGAAAAUAAAGAAUAUAAUUAUUAUGGUUAUAAUAAUAUAUAUAUGGAUAAAAAAAAUGAUUAUUCGAAUAACAUGUUUUUAAGGAAAGAAAAGGAAUUAGAAAAAAUAAUUUUAUAUUAUAAAUUAAAUAAUCCAUUUUAUUUAAAUGAGAAAGGAAACAAUCAAUGUUUAUAUUUAUGUUGUGAUAUAGAUAUCAGAAAACAAAUUAUGAAUGAAAAUUAUUGUAAGCAUUUCCGUGUAUUCAAUUUAAAUUAUUCUUCAGAUGAUUAUGAAGAGGUAUUUUUUGAGGAUUAUAAGAAAAGGGGUUUUUAUAUGAGAAAGAAUUAUAUAUCAUUAAUAGGAAAUCUGAGUAUGAAUUUUAAAAAUAUAAAGGAUCGAUUAGAUGUAUUAAUAAAUGAGAAAGAGAAAGGUAUUAGUAGUAAUAUUAAUAUUAAUAUUAAUAAUAAUAAUAACAAUAAUAGUAAUAGUAAUAAUAAUAUGAUGAAUUCUUUGGAAGAUAAUAUAUUAAAAAAAAAUUUUAUAGGAAAUAAUUCCAAGGGUAUGUCCUUUUUAACCUCUAAAAGAAUAUUAAAUAAUAAGAGUAAUAAUAAUAUUAGUAGUAAAAAUAGUAUGAAUAUAUAUAAUGAUCGUUUAAAUAAUAAUAGUUAUAGAGAAAAUAAAAACAUGUUACGAGAUCAUUUAAAACAUGAUCAAUUAACAUUAUUAAAUAUUGAUGAGAGGAAGGGAGAGAAAUUAUUAUAUUCAAAUGAUAAAAAUAAUAUAUGUAAGAAAAAAAUAAAAAGAAUAGAAUAUAUUACAACACCAUUUCCAUAUUCGAUAAAAAAUUUUCUUCAAGUAAAUGAUAUUAAUUAUGAUGAAAAUAAUAAUAAUAAUAAUAGUAAUAUUUUUAAUUGUUAUUAUAAUGAAACGAAGGAAGAUGAUCAUGAAGAUGUUAUACUUAAUAAAUUAAGAAGAGAAGAAUAUUUAUAUGAUCAACAUAUUAGUUUGAAUUAUUUAAAUGAAGAAGAAAGAACAAAAAUAUGUUUAAUUCGAAAAGAAUUAAAAAAUAAGGAAUAUACAAAUUUUGAAGAUUUUUGUGAUUAUAUAAAUUAUAUAAUACGUAUUAGUAAAAGUAAUAAUAUUAUAGCUAGAUGUUUAAGUGCUCAAUGUUGUGUUGUAUUUAUAAAUCAUAGAAUACCUAUAUUUACCAUAUUAUAUGAUCAUAUAUAUAAAAUCAUAUCAAAAUUAAAAGAAUUUAAUUCUUUAAGUGGAAAUUAUAAAAAAGAUUAUAGAUCUAGUAGUAUAGUUAUGAAUAAAAUUAAUUAUUUCUCUUUCUUCUCAUAUAAUAGCACACAAUUAAAUAAUAUAUAUUAUACAUAUAAUGAAGAAAUAUACUUAUUGAAAGAAUUAUCUAAUAUGUUUUCUUUUCUAUUAGAUAUAAUAAAAAUAUGUUUCUUCAAUAAUUAUAAAAAUAAUUAUAAUAAAUUAAUAAAACUGUUAUAUCUCCCAUCUGAAAAAUUAUUAAUUAUAUUAUAUAAUUUUAUUAAUAAAUUGAAGAAAAUAUUUCCUCAAGAGUUAAUACGUUUUAUAAUAAAAAUAUCAAGUACUAUAUUUCAUGGAUAUACAUAUGUUCUGUUUUUAUUUUUUCAUAAACAUUCAAUAUUUUAUAAUAACACAAGUGAAAACAUGCAAAGUAAUAAAAUGAAUAUAAAUGUAGAGGGUACAAAUAAUAAAGUAAAUAAUAAUAAUGAUGAUGAUGAUGAUAAUUUAAUUUGUGAUGAUCAUUAUUUAUUUUAUCAUAAAGAUCAAUUUUUUAAAGAAAGACAAUAUCUUAAAAGAGUUCAAAAAACAUCAACAAAUGAAUAUGAAGAACGUGCCUGUUAUAAUAAAUUAACAUCUGUUAAUUCAUUACAAUAUAAUGAAAAAGAAUUAUUUUCAUGUCCUAAUUAUAUGAAAUAUAUAAAAUAUUUUAUACAAUAUUAUUUUGAAUUGAUUAAUACAAAAAAUGUAGUUGAUCGAAAUAAUAAAGAAAUACUUUAUAAAUAUACAGAUUAUGUCGAUUUAAAAACAGUGCAAUAUUGUUUAAUAAAUAUAUAUGAAAUAAUAAAAAAUAAAAUCUUUUAUUUCUUUACAUUCUUUAAAGUAGAAAAAAAUUUAAUAAAUCUAUUUUUUACAUAUAUACAUAAUUAUAAAGACCACAGAAAAAAAAUACCAUGCAUAUUUUAUAAGGCACGAGCAAAAAAUAUAAUCAUAAAUACGAACAAUAAUAAAGAAAAAAAUAAUACUAUUGAUCAUAAUAAUAAUAAUUAUGAUGAUAAAAAUAAUGAUGUGAUAUAUCAUCAUAAUAACAAUGAAGAAAUACAUAACCAUAUAAAAUAUUAUAAUGAUGAUAUAAUUUUUUUUCAUGUAUACGAUUUUUCUAUACGUUUAAACAAACACAUUAAUAUAGCAAAUUUAUUAGAUUUCUUUUCUUUUUACUUUGAUAUAAUAGAAGAAACCAAUUAUAAAAUUAUUGAAUUAUAUGAAUAUGCAUAUAUAAUAGAUAUUAUAUUAAAUAUAAUUAUAACAAUAAUAAAUUAUAAUUACAAUUCUCUUUUUAUUCUUUUCCAGUUAAUUCAUACAGAAUUCCCACCUGUUCUUUUGAAAUAUAUAAAAAAAGAAAUAAAACGGGCUCACACAAAUAAAGGAAUAAAAAUCAAAAUUAAUGUUGAACAACAAAAAGGAGAGAUUAAAGAAAGCAACUAUGAUAUGUCAACAAAUAAAAUGUCUGAAAUGGGUUCAAGGAAUACAACAAAUGCUACAACUGAUUAUAGUAAUGGUCAUAAUAAAAAGCAUGUCAAAUUUUUAGAAAACUUUAAAAAAGAAUUUUUAAAUAAUGUUUUGAAUAGUUUAAAUAAUUUGCAUGAUUUUAUAGUACAUAAGAUGGACAGGAAAUUGGCAAAUAAUAUUGGAGUUUCUGAGGAUCCAUCUUUUGUUCAAAGGGAUGAAAAUAAAAAUGAAGAACAUACAAAUGAAGGAAAUACAAAUGAAGGAAAUACAAAUGAAGAACAUACAAAUGAAGAACAUACAAAUGAAGAACAUACAAAUGAAGGAAAUACAAAUGAAGAACAUACAAAUGAAAAAUAUAUAAAUGAAAACAAUUUAAAUAAUAAUAAUCAUGAUAAUAAUAAUAAUUACUAUGACGACUUUCAUAUUAACAUGAACUGUUCAUUAGAUAUAUUAUCAAAAUAUAUUUUAAAUAUGAUAAAAAAAUUAACAUUAAUCAAAGAUGCUGUUCUGCAUCUAGACAUCUGUUUCAUUCCAUACAUUAGUUUUAAAGAUUUUCUUAUUUUCGCUUCAUAUAAUUUAAAUGAAUUAAAUAAUUUGUAUGCUAGAGAAAGGAUGAAAAAACAUGCAGAAAUACAUAACAAUGAAAUGACUCAUUUAUUUAAUGAACAGGGACCCCCCUCAAAAAAAAAAAAGAAAAUUGAAAAUAUUGAUACAGAUAAUGAUAUGAACAAAGAUAUUUUUUAUGAUGAUGUAAACGUGAAUAAUCUUAAUAAGAUAAAUAAUGAAGAAAAUGAAAAGACAACUGUUGAUACUUUUAUAUGUAAUAAUGACUGUAAAAAUAAUGAUUAUAAUAUUUUUAAUAUAUGUUGUAAUAAUAAUAAAAAGGGAUAUUUAUUUUUCUUCCAUAAUAUGUUUAAUAAUUUAAAUUUGAUGAUUAAUAAUAAAUACUUAUAUAAUAAAAUGGUUGAUGUAUUUUUUUCCAAAAAUAUAUUAAAUAAAAUUAUGAAAGGAUAUGAAUCACAUCAACAUUUAGAUAAUAAUUAUUUAUUAACAAUAAAAAAUAUUAAUUCAAAUAAUAUAAUCCCAUCAGUAAAUAAGAAAUUAUAUGAUUAUUGUUCUCAUUUUUUUUCAGAUAUUCAAUCCAAAAUAUAUUUAAAUGAAAAUGACGAAGACAUUAAAAGUUUCACUGUAUUUAAUAUAGGUCAAGAUAAUAAAACAAAAGAAAUUGAUGAAAAUCAUUUAUUAUAUAAUUAUAUAAAAGUUUUAAAAGAUAUAGAAGAAAAUCAAAAACUGGAAAAGAAAAAAGUACAAUUCAGUAAUUUAAAAAAUAUAAAUACAAAAGGUAAACAAUAUAAAAAGUCAGAUAAAAAUACAUUUGAAGAUCCAUUUAGAAAUAGAAAAACAGUAUCAUCAAGAGCACCUUCAAAACAUGUUGAUGAUUAUGAAGCAUCUAAUAUAAUGCAAAAUAAUACUUCUUCAGUUAAUGUUGAAGAAAAAACAGAUGUUCAUAAUAAUAAUAAUAAUACAAAAGUUUUAACAAAUAAUAUUACAAAUGAACAAAAAGAAGCUAAUUAUUUAUUAUUAAAUAAAAAUAAAAAUGAUAAUAUAAAUAGCACUCAUGAAGAAAAUCUUAACAUAACAAAUUCUAUGACAAACGAAUUUGAUAAUUCAAAAAUUGUAAAUAAUAAAGCUUUAUCAAAUGGAUUAAAUAAUACUUAUCAGAAUGAAGACAUUUAUAAUAAAAAUGAAAAUAAUUAUGAUGAUAAUGAUGAUAAUUACUAUAAUUAUCAAGAUGGAGAAAAUGAAUAUGAUAAUUAUGAUGAUGUUUAUAAUAAUAAUUAUAAUUAUUAUGAUGAUGAUGAUGAUAAUUUUCAAGAAGGAGAAGAUCAAUAUAAUAAUUAUGAUCAAAAUAAUUCAAAUUAUAUGAUGAAUCAAAAUGUGGAUAGUACAAAUGGAAAUAUUUAUUCAUAUAACUCUGAAAAUAAUAAUAUAAAAAACUACAACAAUAAUAAUGAUAAUAAUAUGGAUAAUCAUAUUAAUAAGGAUCAAGGUUAUAAAACAAAUACAUAUGAAAACAAUCAAACAUAUAAUAAUAUAGAAACAAAUCAACAAACAAAAACAAACAAUGAAUCAAAUUCACAAAAUAAAAAUAAUCAAUAUGAAGAUUGUACAUGUUAUCAAUUUAACUUAUUAGGAUGGAAAGAAUUUUCAGAAGAUGGACAUAAAAAUGAUCUAGAUGUAUGCAAAAUUGUUAAUAAACCUUUCUUGUUAAGAGAUCCACGAAUAAAAAUGAAAUUUCUAAAAAUAUUAGAGAGACACAAUAAUAUUAAAGAUAUCUUCAAAAAAUUAGGAGUUGACAUAAAAUGA